AUGAGAAUUGUUAUCGAUGCCAGGCUCCCAGACCUGGUGGUCAGUUGGAGAGGUAAUAGCGGCUGGCCUGGGGGUCGCGGAGGAUAUGUUGACCGCGGUAGAGGUGGCCGAGUAGGUGGGGGCGGAGAUCGUGGCCGUGGAUAUGUAGAUCGUUGUGGUUCUCGAGGAGGCGGAUUUCGUGGUGGUAGCCGCGUCGCACAUGGACCCCCCACCUGGACUCGUACUCCCCUCCUAACCUACACAGCCGCCGACCUGCCUCGUAUCGACGCCACUUUCGGCGGCGUUGGAUGGGCCGACUACCCCUUCACUUCUAAAGAAGACGUCGUCCUCCAAACCUACACGGGUCCAAAACCCAUCCUCGCCUCCGAGAUAAUUCCCGUCUCCGUGAACCACUUUCCCCUCAAGAAUUUCAAACUCCCCAACAACAUUUACCACUAUGAAGUCGCUAUGGAACGCGUCCGACGUGACCCCGGCGGGGGUGACGAUACUUCUAAAAAAGCGGCCCCUCUGAAGCAACAACAACCUCCUCCCACAAAACGAGGAGGUACUCAACCUCUUCCCGAUGGUGGCGCUAGUGACACCGCCGCCUUGCCCCCGCGUUGCCUCCCCAAACCCAUCCCCCCACUAAUCCUUACCGUCCUGCUUCAGCGCAUCCAAGAAUCCUCACGUCACUACGGCAUCGUCUCCGACCUCUCGAACAACAUCUAUUCGACCCAACGCCUCGAACUAUUAGGCGUUCCAUGGGUGCAUCGCAUCUCCAUGAAGGAUGUGGAUCAAACCAUCCUUCAAGAAGAGGACGAUGGCGAAAUCACCGUAAAAAUUACCCCCGACCGGACAAAUUGCAAUGCUCCCAGGCCUUUAUAA